UUGGCUGGAAGGCGCCGGCGCCGGGAAGGUCGGGCCCCGGGAAGGAGGGCGGUGCCGUCUGCCUGGUCCCAGAGGCGCACCGGCUUCGGUAAGAUGUUUGUGGCAGCUCGGACAGGCCAGAGAACCUUGAGAAAGGUGGUCUCGGGAUGCCGUCCAAAAUCGGCGACAGCGACCGGAGUCCCGGCUCCUGCGCAGGGGCCUCCGAGGAACAUCAGAUACUUAGCUUCCUGUGGUAUACUGAUGAACAGAACUCUUCCACUGCACUCCUCAUUUUUGCCUAAGGAGAUAUAUGCAAGAACCUUCUUCAGAAUUGCUGCACCAUUAAUAAACAAAAGAAAAGAAUAUUCAGAGAGGAGAAUUAUAGGAUAUUCUAUGCAGGAAAUGUAUGACGUAGUAUCGGGAAUGGAAGAUUACAAGCAUUUUGUUCCUUGGUGCAAAAAAUCAGAUGUAAUAUCAAGGAGAUCUGGAUACUGCAAAACACGAUUAGAAAUUGGGUUUCCACCCGUAUUGGAGCGCUAUACGUCAGUAGUAACCUUGGUGAAACCACAUUUGGUAAAGGCAUCCUGUACAGAUGGGAAGCUCUUUAAUCACUUAGAGACUGUUUGGCGUUUUAGCCCAGGUCUUCCUGGCUACCCAAGAACUUGUACUUUGGAUUUUUCAAUUUCUUUUGAAUUUCGAUCACUUCUGCACUCUCAGCUUGCCACAUUGUUUUUUGAUGAAGUUGUGAAGCAGAUGGUAGCUGCUUUUGAAAGAAGAGCAUGUAAACUGUAUGGUCCAGAAACAAGUAUACCUCGGGAAUUAAUGCUUCAUGAAGUUCAUCACACAUAAGAGAAAAGGAAAUGGUUGCCUACUUGUAACUAGUUUAUUCACUUUUAGGAAGUGCUUUCAUCAUUUUGCUUUCAGAAGGCAGAAAGCAUUUGUCAUACACAGCUUUGAUUAUAAACCUGUACUUUGCACUUGGAAUAUGGAACCACAUGUACAUAGAAUUCAAUCAAGUGUAAUUCAGAAUAAUGUGUAUAUUAGCAUAUUUACAGUAAUGGGAUGUCAUCGCUAUUGUUAGAAUACUGACAUCACUUUUCUGAGCAGAAAUUGAAACUAAAUUUAACCUUUUAAUUAUCACCUCACCUAAAAAGGUUGGUUGAGAUACUCACGCAGCAUGUAUUAUAUUAACCAUGUCAUGUUUAAGUUAUUAAAUUCAGAUUAUUUAUAACUUAUUGUCUUAGGGCCUGCCUCAUGUCUUUUAGGGUAUUUGAGUAAUCAUCCUAAUUUAAAGUUAAAACUUUGACUUAAAAAACACUGUUAAUGAAAGUUCCCUGGCGCUUUUCUUAUUUUUAAAUUGGUCUUAUGGGUAGUAGUAGAGAAUUCCAUGCUGUCCUGAGGCUAGCUUCCAGGUAAACAGUGAUUUUUUUUUUCUUUUUUUCUUUCUUUCUUGGUGAGUGGUCCAGAGUUUUAAGCUACUUUUCUCAAAGUUUCAACCCUUUCCCAGGUACUUGGACUACUAUUUCAGUAAUGUUGAUUGUGUGUCAAGUUUUGUCUACAGCAGUGGGCAAUAGAUGAAGAGAAGUCAGUUGAUAUGUCUCCAACACCAUGCAUUCUGAUUUUCUAUUUAUUGUGUAUACUCACUUUCAAAAUGUAUUUCCAACUGAUAUUUUUGUAAACAAAUCAGUGUAAGGACUGAAGUGGUAACUUAAUAAAGUUAAUUUGUUUAUUUUUUGUA